AGAUAACGCAACUACCUUGUUUAAACAGGUAACUGAUAACACAUAAUGCAUUCCAUAGGCCACAGUCAUGGCUAAACAAGGAUACGAUUAAUGUUAUCGGAAAUACUUUUAUCACGUUUAGAAAAUUCAUUCUAAAAAAGAAAAUAGUUUAAAAUUAUGUGAUGGCUUUAUUUCUUCAACUUCAACUUAUUUUAAACUACUGACAUUUUGUUGGAUAUUUAAGAAUCAGUGAUUCAAGGAGAAAACAAAAGAACAAACAAAAUGGCGGCCUUUAUGAGGCUUGCCUUGGGUGUACUCCUGUGUACUCAGGAUAUUCUGAUGACAGACAUCAUCGAACUGAAAAUAUCGACUAAAGCAAGAAGAGGAGAUAUGGUUACAAAGUGUGGCUGUUCUAACCAGGAAUGCUUUAUCAAACCAUCCGCAAACUCAGAAAAGGCGUUCGAGAUUUCAAAGUCAGGAAAUAUUAUUUUGAGCAAAGAUGCCAAAUUUUUGACAGGAUUAAGUUAUCCCGUGUCAAUUCUCACAAAAGACAAUUGUUACGACAAUAUGCAAGAGGAACAAACCUAUGUUUUCCAUAUUGUUGACUCCACAUAUUCAGUUUCUAAUCCCUUACUCCACAGCUCAAUUAUGCUUGGAUUCCCAACUUUUUUGGGAACUCUUUCAAGUUUUUCUCUUUCUCCAAGCAGUGAAGAUCAAUCCCAGUCAUUUCAGUUGUUAGGACCACUGUCUGAACAUUUCAAAAUAGAAAUUAGAAGGAAUGAAGUGUAUUUAGUCAAAGAACAAAGCUUUUUAAGCGAAGAGAGUUCUAAAACAUUCCUGUUUGUUUUAGAAAUGAAGGACGAUAACCACAGCCAUUAUUAUGACCUAGAAGUUUAUAUAGGAGAUGAGUUAGAAGACUCAGACAAUUUCCGGGUAGUACAGCUUCAACAAGAAUCUCAUGUUGUCGUCAAACGGCAAACCCCAACAUCCAUAUCAAAGAGUUUCUCAGUGUAUGAAAACACAACAGGCACCCUGUUCAAUGUCUUAGAUAGCCAGCCCCCCAACGGUGGCUCGUCUUUUGAAAUAAAGGGGGCAACGCCACAAAACAUAUUCCAAAUUGAUACAGAAGGGAACGUUACAUUGGGUGAUGGGUUUUCUUUGGAUUACGACAGGGGACAUAAGUCUUUCAAUAUCAGCAUCGAGGUCAAAGGAGCCCAAGGAGGUCAAGUCAGUAACUAUUUGGUUAACCUGGAGGUCUUGGACAGCAAUGACGAGAGCCCCGCCUUACUCAACCAGCCCCGCCCUUUCCUGUCCACGGUCCGAAGUAGCACACCUAUAGGGACCGUGGUCUAUUCGCUCAAUGCCUCAGACCAAGACACGGGGAGCGACCUACGCUUCUACAUCAAUGGUUCUGUUGGUUUUGCUGUUGAUGAGAAUACAGGAAACAUUACCACAACAAGGCUCUUCAAUGGCCCCGACGACACAAACGGCACCGAAUACGUCAUCAAUGCUUAUGUGUCAGACAUAGCUGCCCCGAUCCUGCAGACGACAGUCGCCAUGGUAACAAUAAGGCUUGGUAUGCGAAGACCUCAGUUUUUCUCCCAGUCUUAUACAGCAAACAUUAGAGAUGAUAAUGAAAUAAACCAAAUCUUUCAAAUUUUGGAUGAAAAUGGCGAAUCUUCCCCAGUAAAGAGUUUGAAUUUCCAAGCAGACCUGAAUGGUAAAACGACCUAUUCCGUGUAUAGCGGUGUAACGACCAUCUCCGAUAAAUUCGCCAUCUCAGAUGAUGGACAGCUCAAAGUUCUGAAGAAGUUACUGUUAGGUGCCGACCCUCCAGUAUACACCCUCUUCAUUCAGGCACAGGACUCCGUGUCAGGGUUUUCAACAAAAGUCAAUCUGACGGUUAAUUUACUGAAGAAUUAUAAACCAAUGCUGACAUUGCCGGUGUAUACUGCCACAGUUCCAGAAAAUUUGAAAAUCAACGACACCAUUCUCACAGUGGAGACUAUUGCUACUGAAAACGCACAACAAUUUAACUACAGCGUGGACUCACCAGUGUUUUGGGUACAAAACCUGAAUGGCAAAGGCAUCAUCAGAGUGAAUAGACUUCUCGAUUAUGAGGCAGUUGGUGACGCUUUCUAUCAGGAUCACUCCUACACCUUCCACGUUACUGUAGAUGGGUACAACAUGACGUCAUUAGUUAUUGUGUACCUACAGAACGUUAAUGAUGAGGUGCCCGUUUUCACCAGUAGCACAGAAAGCACAAUACAAGACACAAUCGACUACGGACGUAUCGUGAUGAAUGUCAAGGCCAUCGACAAGGACGGGGAUGGAGUCACCUACCGUUUUCUAGAGUCCAGUUCAGUAUUUGCCAUUGACCGGAAUUCUGGACAAAUCACCAUAACAAGACCUGGAAGUCAAAUUCCUGAUGACGUAGACUCCUAUAAGCUAACUGUAAUUGCUAAGGAUGAUGGUAGUUGUUGCACAGGCGGCACAGACACAAUUCACUCGGAAACGCAAGAAAUCACCAUAAACAUUGUAGACAGUAAAAACUACAGGCCCCAAUUUGUAGAAUGUAGUUCAUAUUACAAUGCAUCCAUAUUAGAGGAAGAACCAGUGGGCACAUACGUCCUAACGGUAUCUGCAACUGACAUAAACAAAGGAGAAAACGGUGUCGUGGACUACACUAUUCUUAGCUUUAGGAACGACUUAACUCAAGAUUUUACCAUUCAGACAGUCAAUAAAACAGGGGUGGUUCGAAGUAACGUAAAGUUUGACCGUGAGACUUUGAAUGACAUUUUAAAGGUGACAGUCAUUGCCACUGAUCACGGGCAACCUCCUCUCAGCAGCGAGUGUUCCUUCAUAGUUAACGUGGUAGACAUAAAUGACAAUUCUCCUGUGUUUCUCUCAGGAGAAAACGUAGACGGCUGCAGCAAUAAACGUGAUGAAGGCGUCGUAUCACGUGACUCCUCAAGAGGCAGUGAGGCGAUGAAUAUAAGAGCGUUCGAUGUGGAUUCCGGAGAAAAUGCUCAGAUAGAUUACUCUAUUCUGGACAGUCCUGGACACUACUUCGAUAUUACAUCUAAUACAGGGAUGAUCUUUGUAAACCAAAGUCUAUCUGACGCACCUGAGAGAGUUACAUUACACGUGCUGGCAUCAGAUAAGGGAGACCCACCAAACAAUUCUACAGCGUAUGUAGAUAUAGUUAUAAGAAACUCAACGGUGACGAAGCUCUGGCCUUCGGACAAAAACAAUCCAAAUUCAUUUAUCAACGACAAUACUAGAACAGACGCUCUGAUUACCUCUGUUUCAUUUACGAAUCAACUAACGGGUGUAAAACUUAUUGUGAAAUGCCAGUCUUCCGAUCAAGCCAACAAAUUCAAAGUUGAAUUAUCGUCCAAUAACAGGGAUAUCUUCCUGUAUGCUGCAGGUGAUUUUGAUAACGAAAAGGAUACCAAAGUAGCACAGAUAAGAGUAUAUACGGGACAGGGAGAUACCCAGUAUUAUGAAGAUUCGUAUUUCUUAUUCUCCAUCAACGACACAAACAACAAAAAACCACAGUUUGUCAACAGAGAGAACCCGCUAAUCGGCAAAAUCGAGUUUUCUGUUCAGGAAGAACAACCGAUAGGAGAGGAGGUCGGGAUACUGCUGGCCCACGACGAAGAUAGGACACCACCCUUCAACAAGGUGACAUAUAACACAAAAUUCAACGACAGCAGUUUUAAGGUGGAUGACGUCAACGGUGUGAUUACUACCUUAAUCAGGUUUGAUCGGGAAGAGCUGACGUCAUCGACUCCAGAUUUACUGGUGGUGGCCAUGGACGGGUACCCCUCUUCCAUACCUGGGCGAACUGGUCCCAAUACAGGGUCGGCAGUGGUACAAAUCACUAUCGAGGACAUUAAUGAUAAUCCACCUUACUUUGCCAACAACUCCUAUUUCUUCACGGUUCCUGAAAACGCUCCCAUAUCACACUCCGUGGGAAGCAUCAAAGCCCUGGAUAAAGACGAUGAGAAAACAUCGAGGUACACAAAGUAUUCUUUGGGAGACUCCAGGUAUUUCGGGGUGGAUGAGAAUACAGGAAAAAUCUUUGUGGCGGGAAUACUAUUUGGACAAGCGAAUACGAAUAUUUCAAUGAGAUUCACCGCAGAUGACGGGAAAUUCUCUGCGUCCGUCGAUGUGUAUAUUGGCGUAUUGAAAACAUACAACAGACGACCAGAAUUCAAUGGAAACUAUAACAUCAAAAGCAUAGUGGCCAACAGAAACUAUAACGAGUCCUUAUUUCAAGUUAAAGCAAAUGACCCAGACUGUGGAAAUCCCUGUACUCUGAGAUAUGAAAUCAUGGCGUCCGAUCCCGUCAUUCUUCGAAUCUUUAAAAUUGAUCACGUGACAGGAGAAGUGUCUCUUUUGGCGCCACUAGAACCAAGACCAUACGUCUUCAGUGUAAAAGUAACAGACAGUUCAUCAAGCAGGAGAAAGAAGCGUUCUCUAGCUGCCAAAGACGCCUACACAACAGUUACAAUCAACCCAGCUGUUUGCAAUGUACACCAAGAAGCUGAUCAGAAUGGUAGGUGCCAAUGCAUUGACUACUGUAAAAACAGCGCCCCCUGUUAUAACGGGGGCACCUGUCAACUGAACUGCAGCUUGGGGUCGGAGCACGGAUACUACUGCCAGUGCCCCCCUGGGUUCAGUAACUGGGACUGUAGCGGGGUCGUGACGGUGACCUCUGCCACUAUAACAGAAGACAAGGACGACAAUACCUGGCUGAUUGUACUUCUAGUUUGUCUUGCUGUUCUGUUAGUCGUGGUUAUACUUGUGGUGGCGUUCCUGGUCAGAAGGAAGAAGAACCAGGACCGGGAUAAGAGUAUGCUGGCCUAUGAUAACGAGGAUUUUGACAUCCGAGAAGACGUGGUGGAUUAUGAUGAGGAUGGGGCGGGUGAAGAUGACUAUGCUGGAUACGACAUUACCAUGAUCAGGAAAGCUGUAACAGUGAGGGAGGAAAAUAUACCAAAACCAAAGACAAUGGCCGACAGACCCCUCACCUCAGCAGCACCCAGGAAUGGUCACUUACGGGAAUUCAUCGGUGAUCGUCUGGAGGAUGCUGAGGGUGACAGCGGUGCCCCGCCCUACGAUACGCUACACGAGUUUAUGUACGAGGGGGAGGGAAGCCUGGCGGGGUCCCUCAGCUCCAUCAACACAUCCUCCAGUGGAGGGGACCAGGACUACGAAUAUCUACACGAAUGGGGGCCAAAGUUUGCCAAGCUUGCUGAUAUGUACAACACAUAUGAAGACUCUGACUGACACCAAUCAAAGAAAUAUACCUGCAUUUAUCUCCAGUCAUCAAUCAUUGAGUCAUUUGUUACCACUAAUUCAUGUGUAUAUUUUCAUAUUUAAUUUUUUUUACGUAAUCAUUAUGAUAGAAGAAACUUCCAUAUUGAUUUUAGGAUAACAGUGCUGAAUUUUGUGCCAUAAUGAUAUAUUUUGUGUGUGACCUACUUUCUGCAUGACCGUAAUGAAGUGUAAAUAAGGUGCUGACGAGAAUAAUUUAUAGAUUUUUUUCAAUAAAAAUUGAUCUCACAAUGUUGUUUCGUUUUUUUUUAGGCAAGAUGUUUUAGCAUGU